GAAAGCUAAAAAUGGGGAAAUAGCAAUGUUGUGAAUUUUGGAAGAUUUUAAAUGAUGAAUUUGCCGGCAGCUCUUGCUCUGUGUGCAGUAAUUUUUGACUUUACUCUGUCACAAGUGCCCAGUGAUAAGAACGGAGUAUGUCAGUGUCCCGAGCACCUGUUUACCUGUGGUAACUGUGUUUGUAUCCCUCAUCACUGGGUCUGUGACAAAGACGACGACUGCGGCAACCACAGGGACGAGGAUUCUUGUGGUUUGGCUCCAUCUUGCCCAGAAGAUUAUUUCACCUGCCAAAAUCAUCGUUGCGUGAAGACUGAGUGGAUAUGUGAUGGUGAUAAUGACUGUGCAGACAACAGCGAUGAGAUAGGUUGUGACAAACCUGAUGCACAGAAUUGUACCAGCCAAGAUUUCCAGUGUAACAAUGGAAAAUGUAUUCCAGAGAAGUGGAAAUGUGAUCAUGACGAUGACUGCGGGGAUGGAUCAGAUGAAAUAUGUGCAGGUUCUUCAGCAACGUGUGGACCUAACCAGUUCCAGUGUGGAGAUGGUAUGUGUAUCCACAAGGGCUGGCAGUGUGACAAAGAUGUGGACUGUUCCAAUGGAGAGGACGAACAGGAUUGUUAUGCUGAUCAACUGUUCUGCAGUAGGCAUGAGUUUCAAUGUUUACAUUCCAAAAAAUGCAUUCCAAUGAAACUACGUUGUGAUAUGAAGAAUGACUGUGGGAACUGGGAAGAUGAGAUGGAUUGUGGUGUUUCAGAAGAACAGUGUGGCAUCUAUGAGUUUACUUGUAAGAAUGGCAGUUGUAUUGACAGAGAAUGGGUCUGUGAUGGUGAUGUAGAUUGUGAAGACAAGUCAGAUGAGACAAACUGCACAUUACCAUUGUGUAGCAGUGGACAGUUUACCUGUGACACUGGAUCUUGUGUUGCUGAGACUAAGAGAUGUAAUGGGAAUUAUGACUGCCCUGACAACAGUGAUGAAAGAAACUGCACAUAUAAUGACACCAAAUGUACUGGACUGGCCUCAUUCCAAUGCAACAAUGGAAAAUGUAUCAGCAUACAAAGAGAGUGUAAUGGUGUGGACGACUGCGGAGACCGAACAGAUGAGAUUGGGUGUGUUGAGGAGGAUGUGUUGGUGUUUGCUAGGAGACAGUCUGUCCAUAUGAUGUCACUGUCAAGCUUCGAGUACCACACCAUUCCUAUACUAGACAUUAAACACUCCAUUGCAGUGGACUUUGAUUCUGUCGACAGACAAAUAUUCUGGUCAGACAAUGAACAAACAACCAUCAGCAAAGUUUACCUGGAUGGCUUAGGACAAAAAAUUGUGAGCACAGGGAUUGCUCACCCAGAUGGUAUAGCAGUUGAUACAGUGAAUCGUAAACUGUAUUGGACAGAUACAGGGAAGGACACAAUAGAAAUGUCAGAUUUAGAUGGAAAUCAGAGGAAAACUAUUGUUGUGGACCAUUUAGAUGAACCAAGAGACAUUGCUGUGGACUCGAAGAAUAAGAAGAUUUACUGGUCAGAUUGGGGGAAGGCUGCCAAAAUAGAGAAAGCUAACCUGGAUGGCUCAGAAAGGGUAGUGCUGGUAAACACUUCACUGGGUUGGCCGAAUGGAAUCGCACUGGAUAUAGAGAGUGGCACAAUUUACUGGGGAGACGCCGAGCUGAACAGAAUUGAGAUGGCCAAUAUGGAUGGGUCUAACAGGAGUAUUUUCAUGAGUACUGAUGUACCGCACAUAUUUGGACUUAGUUUACUAGGGAACUACUUGUAUUGGACUGACUGGCAGAAGCGAGUGAUUGAGAGAGUAAACAAAAACUUUAAAUAUGACCGUGAGAUUCUGUUGACAAGUGUAGACGAUCUGAUGGACCUCAAGGCUUUCACUGUCAAAAAGAAGAUAAAUCCAUGCAAAUCCACCCAGUUUAAGUGUCAGUCUGGUCAGUGUAUUGAUAAAAGCCAGAGAUGUGAUGGUGCUAUGCAGUGUGUGGACCACACAGAUGAAGUGGGCUGCAGUUACACCAAGCUUAGGGUCUGCAGUAUAGAUCAGUUCCACUGCUCUAAUGGUCAGUGUAUCGGGAAUCAGAAGAAAUGUGAUGAUGUCGACGACUGUGGUGACAACUCCGAUGAAAGCGGAUGCAAUACACUUGGAGAAUCCUCCUGUAACCUGGGCAAUGGAGGAUGUGAUCACAUUUGUCAAAUCAAGCAGAUGGCAGUUCAUUGCUCCUGCCACAGUGGGUACCAGCUGCUGGGAGACUGGAGGGGGUGCCAGGAUAUUGACGAGUGUCAGUGGGAGGGAACCUGCAGUCAGAGAUGUACCAACACCCAAGGGUCGUAUCACUGUUCCUGUGUGCCGGGCUACCAGUUAAAGGCUGAUAGCAGGGGUUGUAAAGCUGAAGGUGGGAAAGCUUACUUAAUUUUUGCCAACAGAGUUGACAUACGGAGAGUACUGACUGACAAUGCUGAACACGACUCCAUACUGCAGGGUUUACAGAAUGCCAUAGCCCUUGAUUUCCACCUCACAGAGGGUUAUGUGUACUGGUCUGAUGUAGCUUUGGACAAGAUCAUGAGAGCUUUCAUCAAUGGCUCAAAACCAGAAGCAGUGGUGGAGUAUGGUCUCAAGAGUCCAGGUGGUCUGGCAUUAGAUUGGAUCCAUAAUAAGCUUUUCUGGACUGACUCUGGAACCUCUGUUAUUGAGGUCAUGGAUCUUGGUCCUAACAAGUAUCGCAAAGUACUUAUUUGGAAUGACAUGCAGAAACCCAGAGCCAUUGUUGUUCAUCCUAGGCUUGGGGUAAUAUUUUGGACUGAUUGGGGACACACACCUAAGAUAGAGAGGAGUUAUAUGGAUGGAAGUGGACGUGGGGUGAUUGCCAAUACCUCGCUGUUCUGGCCGAAUGGACUGACACUGGACUACACCACAGACAAACUGUACUGGGCUGAUGCCAAGCACCAUGUCAUAGAGUGUUCCAACCUAGACGGCUCUUCCAGAAGAACUGUUAUAAAUUCAGGCUUACCCCAUCCAUUCGCUCUAACCCUGUUUGAGGAUGAGUUAUAUUGGACAGACUGGCACACCAAGAGUAUUAACAAAGCUAACAAGUUCACUGGAAAUGAUGUAGAAACGGUUCAUAACAGACUUCAUUUUCCUAUGGACAUACACAGCUUUCAUCCUCAGAGACAGCCAGAAUCUCCUAACAGAUGUGGCCAGAUUAAUGGUGGCUGUAGUCACUUAUGCUUACCUAGUGUUGUAGGAUUUACUUGUGCUUGUCCCUCGGGUCAGCACCUAUUGGCCAACAAACGCAACUGCACCAAAGAUAUGGCCACUUUCUUGCUGUACUCGACAUCUACGGAAAUUCGCAAAAUCAACAUGGACCCAGCAGCAGGUGUUGACCGCUCCGAUUCAAUCAUUCCCCUGUCAAAGAUUGGACAUGUGAUUGGUCUAGACUUUGAUGCUGAAGAGGAAUUUGUGUAUUACACAGAUACAAGUCAAAAGACAAUCAGUCGUGCCAAAUGGGAUGGAACUAGAGAACAGGUUCUAGUGGACACUAGGUUGAUAGUCCCAGCAGGCAUUGCAGUUGACUGGGUGGGAAGGAAACUUUAUUGGACAGAUGCUGAACUGGACAUCAUUGAAGUGGCUAACUUGAAUGGAAGUGUGCGAACUGUCCUUGUGUGGAAAGGGAUGGAUCAACCCAGAGACAUUAUUGUUGACCCAGAAACGGGAUAUUUGUAUUGGACUGACUGGGGUAAAAAACCAAAGAUUGAAAAAAUAGGCAUGGACGGCAAAGGAAGAAAAGCUAUUAUAAAAUCAAAUCUGAAGUGGCCCAAUGGAUUGGCCUUGGACAUUGAAGAAGAGAAGCUUUACUGGACAGAUGCAGGAACCAGUGUGAUAGAGUGCUCUAAUUUAGAUGGUAGUGGCAGGAAGAUGGUAAUCUCUGUCGAUGUACAGAGUCCCUUUGGGCUGACGGUGUAUAAGAACAUGUUGUACUGGACCGAUCGUGGAGACAAGGGACUUCACUCUGCUGACAAAUCCAAUGGCUCCGACAUGAAGACACUGAAAAUGAAUUAUGCUGACAUCUGGGAUGUGAGAAUGUUUCAUAAGAACAGACCACAAGUCCAUACAGGAUGUGGCACCAUGAAUGGCGGCUGUAGUCAUUUAUGCCUGAUCGCUCCGCUACCCCGAGGCCAUUCCUGUGCCUGUCCCACGGGGAUACUGCUGAGGAAGGAUAACAGAACAUGCAAUACACAUAUGACCAAUUUCCUGAUCUUUGCACGUAGAACUGACAUUAGGAAAGUGUCCUUAGACGUUGAGUAUUUUGCUGAUGUAGUGAUGCCAAUAAAACAGCUGAGGAAUGUUAUUGCUCUAGAUGUGGACAUUGUUAAAAGAAAAGUUUACUGGACAGAUACAGUGUUAGACAAGAUAAUGAGAGCUAACUUAGAUGGAUCACAGGUAGAGGAAAUCAUCAGUAAUGGAUUAGAUACACCUGACGGACUGGCUGUCGACUCUGUUGGACAAAAAAUCUACUGGACAGACACUGGACUGAACCGCAUAGAGGUGGCAGAGGCAGAUGGGAGCAAUCGAAAAGUCUUGUUCUGGGAAAAUUUGGAUAAGCCCCGAGCUAUUGUGCUUGUGUAUGAACUAGGGUACUUAUAUUUCACUGACUGGGGGAUAAACCCUCGUAUUGAGAGAGCCUGGAUGGAUGGACAGAACAGAAAAGUCCUGAUUGACCAUGAUCUAGGCUGGCCUAAUGGACUGGUCAUUGAUAAACUGACCAGCAGAAUUAUAUGGGCUGAUGCCAGAAUGGAGGUGAUAGGAUCUGCAGACCUGAAUGGCGGCAACAGAAGACUUUUGGUCAAGGGGGUCAAACAUCCGUAUGGCCUAACUGUCUUUGGAAAUUACAUUUACUGGACAGACUGGCAGAAAAUCUCAAUCCUAAAGGCAGACAAAUACACAGGAAAUGACGUAGUCACACUCCGUUACAACUUAUCAGGGCUAAUGGACAUACAUGCUGUACAGCUGGACACAGGGGAUUUAGAGAAGAUGAACAAAUGUCAGAAAAAGAAUGGAGGCUGUAGUCACUUGUGUCUUCCUAACCCCUCAGGAUAUUCCUGUGUGUGUCCCACAGGACUGAAACUACUGGAGGAUGGCAAGCAGUGUCAGAAAGUUCCGCAGAAGUUUCUGUUGUUCGCCAGUAGAGGAAGCGUGCGUCGGAUUUCUUUUGAUACGAAUGACACGACUGACGUUUACUUACCCCUCAAGGAUCUGCAUAAUGUUAUAGCUUUAGAUUACGAUAACAGGGAGAAAAAGAUAUUCUACACAGAUGUUCACCAAGAUGUCAUCAAACGAGCAAACUUUGAUGGUAGCCAGUCUGAAGUAAUAGUUUCAUCAAAUUUGGAGACUACAGAUGGCCUGGCUGUAGACUGGAUAGGCAGAAAUCUGUACUGGACAGACACAGGUCGUGACAGGAUAGAAGUUGCUUGGUUGGAUGGGAGAAACAGAAAAACUAUUAUUAAUGAAAAGCUAGAUGAACCAAGGGCCAUAACUCUGUACCCCAAUAAAGGAUGGAUGUUCUGGACAGACUGGGGACACAAACCAAAGAUUGAGAAAGCUUUUAUGGAUGGAACACAUCGCAAAGUCAUAGUUAACACUGGUCUAGGAUAUCCCAAUGGACUAUCCAUUGAUUAUACAAUGCAACGACUUUACUGGGUAGACGCCAAAUUAGAUAAAAUCGAAACUUCAGAUUUUAAUGGUCACAACAGAGUUCCAUUGAUCAGCAAUGUUAUUCAUCCAUUUGGUUUGGCUGUGUAUGACCAGUACAUCUACUGGACUGAUUGGCAGACAGAGCAGAUAGAGAGAGCCAGCAAAAUGACAGGGUCAGACAGGACAGUCAUCUCAAAGAACCUCGAGGGACUGAUGGACAUCGAGUUUGUGGCCCCAGACAGGCAGAAGGGCAAAAAUGGGUGUUAUUUAAGGAACGGUGGCUGUUCUCACUUGUGUCUGGCCAGAGGUGAUGGAUUUCGGUGUGCCUGUCCGGACAAACAAGACCCGAAAUGGCCUUGUGUCACAGUGCCCUAUAAAGGUGAAACAAUAAAAAAGAACAGCAUUCAUGAAAAUGCAGAGGGCUGCAGUGCUGAGGAUUUUGCCAGGGGUCUAUGUAAAACCCCUCCCCCUGCUAUACCUAGCUCUGGAGAACGUCCAGAAACCAAGAAGGUCAUGAUUGGUUUAGGAAUUGGAAUUGUGGUCUUGGCUGUACUUAUUAUUGUUGUAGUCAUCAAAGUCAAACACAGGAAGAAGAAGAGGCAGACAUACAGGGUAGAGAAUGAUGAAUUGUCAUCCCUGACCUUUGCUAACCCCACCUACCAAAAAACUAGUACAGAGACUAUCAACAUAGAUAAAAAUUCCUUAUCUGGGUCACAAGAGUGGAAAAUAUUUAAAUAUAAUAAAAAGAAGGAGAAAGUGUCCUUUGUGUUACCCACCAAAGAUAAAAGUAUAGUUAACUCAGAGAAGGCGGCCCUAGUUACACAGGUGGACACCCACACGGCCAGCCACACACACCACUGUCCCGAGAGAGUGGUCAACAAAAAGAUUUUUAAACCCAAAACUGUCAAAGAUGUGAACAAAUCCAAACACAGUGUUCCAUAUAAACAGGUGGAUACAUAGUAUCAAUGUCUCGUGUUUACAUCAUAUAGACAAUUUACAACGGGUGUAGACAGUUGCUUCAUCAUUAAAUGGAGUCUGUUUUGGCAUUACAGAGCUUCCAUGCAUGUUAAAUCAUUUCACUGAAUGUGACACAAAGCACAAUAUGUGAACAUUUUCAGUUCCACUGGAGUUAUUGCACAAAUACAUGUACUUGUGUUUUUAAGUCAUGUUAUCAUUGCUGUUUACCAUAUGGUCCCCAGGUGUAUUUGUUUUUAAUGAAAAGUCCCAGGUGUUGUUGACCUGCUGAAAUCCACAUUAAAUGGGGAUUUGCUCAUUGUGAAGUGUCAAAUUUGGGACAAACCUUCUCUUGUGAUCUAAAUUUGGUGCUACAAUUAAUAUGAAAAUUUGUGUAUUUAAUGUUUUUAAGUAUGAAGGCUCAGGCAGCUUUAGACAUUUUUGAAGCCGUAUCAUACGAUAUAUGUAUCUGAUAUUUUAAUUCUUGUUUAAAUGAUCUGUUGACUUGUUAAUGUACUGCUAGUUGUAGUAUUAAGAGUAUUGUGUUAUAGUUAACUAAAGGUUGAUAUUGCCAUGAACUUUGUCAUAUUUUGAUGUAUUGCAAUACUUUAUGGCUUUAUUGAGAUAACAUUGCAAUAUAUUGUACUAAUUUUUUUUUUUUUUUUUUAUACAAUAGGACUCUUUUAGGAAGUACUUAGAUUUGUAAGAUACAUGUAAUAUGGGUAAAUUUUAUUAAUUUUUUUAU